AUGUAAGACACAGCGUGUACUCAGUGUCGCACAUUUCCUACCUAAAACAACAUUCAUUCACCGAAAAGGUUACGCAAAAAUGGAUGACCCGUUUCAUAAACUAUACGAUGUGGAUGUGUUCUUAGCAAAGGCACGAGAAAUGUCGGAUCUCAAUCCACCCGACCUGGUGCUCUUUUCCGAGUGUAUUUGGGGCGCCGCGAAUGUUUGCAUAAAGACGUUUUUUCUUGUGAAUUUCAAAACUUUGCUAAUGAAUCACGGGGAUAUCAGCAACUUUAUGGAUGUUGUGAUUGAUGAAAGCUAUUCCGACGGUCUUGGUAGACUGAAACUUAGCAUGGCGUUUAAAAAAGCUGAAAAAUGUCACAAAAACUUUUACGAGCUGAAUUUCAUAGAUAAGGAUGAGAGAAACAAAUAUAUUGAAUCGGUGAAAGACAUGAAAAUAUGUUUCAGUGAAGUGAAUGAAGAUACAAUGAAAAAAAUACGAGAAAUAUUAUGGCCUAUUGGGCAAUUUUAUUCAAAUGGCAAACAAUUUUCAGACUUAACACGGGAAUUACCAAAAGAAAGCACAGUGGCGUUUGGAAAAGUAAAUAUCACAUACAAGUAUUUAUCUAAAUCAUAUACAUGAUUACAAACCCUAUAUUCUCUUCUUUCUCAUUGUAAUGUGCUUCGAUCUUUUUGAUUUGUACAACUUGAAAAUUAAAAUUUGUUGUUUGUAUUUUCAACCAAGACUAGAAUAAAAUUUUUCUAUCAGCUUGAAAAAA